AUGUUAAAGGCCAAGAUUCAGGAUAAGAAAGGAAUGCCCCCUGAUCAGCAGAGACUGAUGCUUGCUGACAAGCAAUUGGAAGAUGGACAUACUUCGACCAACUAUGACAUUCAAAAGGAGUCUACUCUUCAUCUAGUGUUGAGACUUCAUGGUGGUGCUAAGAAAAGGAAGAAGAAGAAGGCUUACACCAUUCCCGAGAAGAAUAGGCAUGAGAGAAAGAAGUCUAAGCUGGCUGUCCUGACAUACUCUAAGGAGGAUAAGAAUGGCAAAAUUGGUUGCCUUUGUUGGGAGUGCCCUUCAGAUGAAUGUGGUGCUGGAGUUUUAUGGCCACUUUGA